AUGGAACCCAAUCCUCAACCCAUCCUUCCGCUACGACUGACUGGAGUCUUUAGAUUAGACAACUUAAUUGCCGGGCGUACGAACGCUUCCAACCCUCUUCGUUAUUACAGCGCUACAAUUCUAGUCACCCAUGAUUCAUUCUUACAGAAGACCAUUCUCGUUGCCGAUGACAUGUUUACGGCUGCCUUGACUACAGGCGUGGCCUACAACAUCAGCGGCAACGUCAUCAAUCGUUUUCACGGCUAUCCUCCAAUCCUAUUUCCAGAUUAUUUGACAUUGCCCCCUAGUCAAGUCUUGUACUAUCGCAAAGGGGAUAUCGCUGACGCCAUUAAUAUCAGGGCGUCCGGUGAAAUAUUGAAAAAGUGUUACCGCGAAGCGUGGCAAGAUUUUUCGAUGACCGUAAAACACGUCGAUUGGGAUCCCUCUGACAUGUGCCAAAUUCCGUUUAUAUGCGAAUACAUCUAUAAAACCUCAGCGGUUAAUAACAUUACGUACGAAGGGAUGAGCAUUGGGGCAACUGUUCACGUGCAGGGAGUUGUCCGAGGCUUCUGCGAGUUGAGGGACACUUGGGUCUUGUCCAAUGUUAGAAAUGAGGUUGAGAAGAAGGUCAACUUGUGUCUCAGCCUAUUGUUCGUGUUGUGUAUCGACGAAAGACAAAAUUUAAGGCGAUGCGGGACGCAAGCCGCGUUGUCGACGACUUCUACGCACGCGAGAUUUAGUUUUGAUUAUUUCAAUCUCGCUCGUCUGAUUAAGUCUCUUCGUCAGCGCUUUGAUAUCCAGACAUCGGUGCAAGACUUUGAUCACCUCGACAUUGUGAGUCGCUGGAUAGGCAGUCUGCAGGAACCAGUCCACUAUCUCGCCAAUGCCAUGAGCGCACGUUCUAUUCAUCAUGCUAUUGAGCCUUACUUUGGCGUGAUCGAGGGCAAUGGUGCACUCGCUGUCCUCGAAUAUGGUCGACAUACUUUGGUCGCUGCCAGCAGCGAUUUGACCAUCGAUUCUAUACGUGUGAUUUGGCCUAAGCAUGGUUUGGGAUUUUUUUGCGGCUAUCAUCAAUGGUAUACCUUCAAGUUCGUGGUGUUGAACAAUGACAUUUGA